AUGCAUAACCCAGUCCCGCUGAGGCGUCUUUCCAGGCCUUCUAGAUCUUGGAACUGGCUCGGACCUCGUGACCCGAAACGCAUUACCGGCCCGGAAUACUAAGGUCUAGGGACCGCUUAAGGCGAGCCUGUGUAGACUAUACGCUAACAUAUAGUCGAGAAAAAAACCUAGGAAAGCGUUUUUCUAGUCCCUGUAGGGCGUCUUCCAAGGAUUUUCUCGGUCAGUGCAUUUAAAAACACUGCAAUUUUUUUAUAACAAAUAAAGUACAGAUUCCACGCUAAUUUUUUUUUUUUUUCGCAGACAUCAACGAAUGUUCUAGCAAUCCUUGUUUUAACGGAGGCACGUGUACUGACCGGGUUAAUGGAUAUAUUUGUAGCUGUCGGCCUGGAUACGCCGGGGCCAGGUGUCAGACAGGUAGGUAUUUGCAUCUACAGACACUGUAAAUGCGCAUGUUUGAGUCGGAAAAAAUCCUCGCCAAGGGGGGUAUUUGAAUUACGGGGAUUAUUCUUUGAUUGUCUUGUCGCAUUGCCAUGACACUUAGAAAGGCAAUAGGUGGAUUGGUCACUAGUCCGGCAAAAUUACCACAAUUAUACGAAGUCACUAAGGACUUCAUAAGCAAUAUAGUUAAUUUGGUGAUGUGAUAUGAUAUUGCAACGAGCUCUCAUUACACUACUCUCAACUAUGGAUGAAUGGGCAAACGCGCUCCCAGGGUGUGACCAUAGACGUUUCUGGGAAGGAAGGGGGAGGGCGACGAGAAAAGCGAAAAGGGGAGAGAGUGAGUGAAGGAAAAGAAACGCCGUCCUUUCGACGGCAGGACUAUUUUAAGGAGAACUUUUAGCAAUUUGAACCAUUAGCUUCAAAAUAAGAGAGAAAAUCGUGAUCAAAGAACAUUUGUCAGAGCGUCGAGUUUGCUUCUAUCAUGGGCUAUGUAUGACGGAAGUGCGUUUCAGUUCGGCUUUUUAAUAGAGAGUUAAGGUAUAAAGUUGUUCUUACACCUUAAACUCAAAACACCGCCGCCUGCAGACAUCCAAAUAAUUUAAUAUUUGCUUCGAUUUGUUUUGACAGUUCUUUUAAACCAGUGGGUAGAUCAUACGCCUCAAUGGUGUACGCACAGCUAUCGCAGGGAGCUUCAGCGGGGUGGAGGAGUCACUUUGGAGCAAUGCAAACAGCUCUGUCCAAGCUGUGCUGCGAUUGAGUACUGGUCUGGGAACACCAAAAUAUGUUUUGAAUGCCUGGAUCACACCAAGCGUGAAUCAUAUACCAACACCAACGAUGGUGCGUACCCACCACACGUGUAUAUACGGCAGUGA